UUUUGGAGUGUGUCUGUGUUUAAAAAAGCAAAAUGCAAUUCCAACAACAAGCCUUGAACAGGGCAUGCAGAAUUCAUCAGUGAUAAUGUGUGCAGCAUCUUAAUGAAGAAUAUCUUGCUAGAGUUUCUUCUGUGUGCAAACACCUCUUCCUUUUACAUUUCACCUUUGUUUUCUGAAGCAUAAAUGUUGCUUAAAACCAAGUAAGUUUCAUUUUAUCAUUUACAGUUUUAAAAGUAUGUUUCUAAAGUAAAUUGUGCGUAUCUGAUUUACAGAAGGGGACAUGAAAUGAGCAGGUGCUUCUGGGGUGCUUAGUGUUAGUUUUACCACCUGAUUUACUGCCUGUUCAAGCCCUAUUGCUCUUGACUAGUGAUUACUUUAUAUAGGGUGUGUCUUUCUUCAGUUGCCCUGGACUUUAUACUGCAACUUUCUGGUCUUCGUAGAUGAACUUCAAAAGCUGUGCACCAAGACCUUGAGAUGGACUGUCUUGUGGAUGACUCAUAAAGCUUGCUGUUUCUACUCCUGGUAGUACUAGGAGAGACAAUAUUGAUUUGUAUUUUCAACUCUUAUAGACUUCAGGUGUAGUUAAUGUUGAACUAGAUGCUAUACAGCUGUACAACAAGAUAUCUCUCGUCCUUCUGCCUAGGGCAGCUUCCUCAUGGACUCAGUGAUCCUUGUGGGUCCCUUCCAGCUCGGGAUAUCCCGUGUGCAAUUGCACGCUGCUGAUAUCUGUCCAUGUGCAGGUACUUGCUGAGGUUGGAUGGAUAAAUUCCUGCACGAAUGGAGUUACUGCCUAACAGUAAGAACGUGGCUCCAGUCCCUGCCUACACAGAGAUUAUUUUGGAACAGUAACUGCUAACAUGAAAUCCUGAGCUCAGUCGUGGAGGCUGUUAAUGGGACCCUCAGCGUGUGAGGAGACAGGAGUGUCCUUUAAUUGGACAGAUGAGGGAGCAAUGCUGAGUGACAAUACCUCUGUAAAGCUGAAAAGUGAUCGUUCGCCUCCUGUGCAAUGGUGUAAGGUAGUUGCACAUGAAGAUGAGAAGACCAAUCUGGUUUUUAAAAGACUUCUCGUACUGUUUGUGGUUGGAGGGUGCUUUCUUUAUAUCCUCAAGUUACACUUUUACCCUGAAGAAUGUGACAGAACAAAAACACCGUAUGUGGACCUCGAUCGUGUAAGGAGAGCACAACAAUAUGCCAGUGCUGUGUUGCAGGAACAGUGCCGACCUUCUUAUGUGAAAAAAGAAAUGGGAAAGUUAUUUGCAGAGAAAUACAGCAUGGACAUAUCUCCCUUUGUAGGAAAAAACAUAGAUGAAGAUGAAGCUUUAUUUAAAUACGGACCUCCCUUUGGAUUUCACAGGUUCUUUGAUAAGCUUAAGAAUCUCCUCGAACUCUUACCUGAGCAUGAUCUGCCAGAAGAUUUGAAGUCAAAACACUGUAAACGUUGUGUUGUUGUUGGCAGUGGUGGAAUUCUUUAUGGAUCUGAGCUAGGUCACUUACUGAAUCAGUUUGAUAUUGUUAUAAGGUUAAAUGAUGCGCCAGUCCAAGGAUACACAGAUCACGUUGGUAACAAAACGACGAUAAGGAUGACUUACCCAGAAGGAGCCCCGCUUUCUGAACACGAGUAUCCUCCUGCUAGCUUAUUUGUGGCUGUUUUGUUUAAAAGUGUUGAUUUCAAUUGGCUACAAGCAAUGGUAAAAAAUGAAACCUUGUCUCUGUGGAUACGACUUUUCUUUUGGAAGGAGGUUGCUAAGAAAAUUCCUUUUACAUCAAAACAGUUUCGGAUUCUGAAUCCAGUCAUCGUUAAAGAGACAGCUCUGGACAUUUUACAGUUCCCCAAACCUCGAUCAAUAUUCUGGGGUUGGGAUAAGAAUGUACCCACAAUUGGGGUCAUGGCGGUUAUUCUAGCCACGCAUUUAUGUGAUGAAGUGAGCAUAGCAGGAUUUGGAUAUGACCUCGAUCAGCCCAGUACUCCUUUGCACUAUUACAACAACCUCUGCAUGGCUGCCAUGAACAGACAAACUAUGCACAACGUGACAGGCGAAACAAAAUUACUGCAAAAACUGGUCAAAGGAAAAGUUGUUAAAGACCUCACUGGUGGGAUACAUUGUGAAUUCUGCAGCAAAGACAGUUAGUGGUGGAAGUGCCCAACGGUUGGAUUUGAUAAAUCCCAGAAGCUUCGUUGGAACAACUUUUUCACUGUCUUCAGUAGCUCUUUAAAUUGUGUACAAAAUGGACUCGGAACCUCUGCUGCCUUUUUUAAUGUCAAGUUGAAUUUGUUGGACUUUUAAAUUUAUUUUGAUGUUGAAUUUUACUUUUGCACGUUAUUGUGGAUAGCUAUGUAAAUACAAAGUGGAGUUCAAAGAGAUCCGGUUAAAAUAUUUAAUGUUUUAAGUUGUGGAAGAGUUUUUGUUUUCAGAUGUAUGUGGUACGCACAAUGCUAGCCUCAGUUGUCUGACAGCAUACAGUAAUUAUUUUCCAUUGAACUACUGUCACUGUGGAUCCAGUUCCUGCUGUAUGACUCCUUUUCAAAAGAAAAGAAAGGCGUGUGCUUCUCAAGUCUCUCACUUGCAACUUGACUAUUUUGUUUCUCCUUCAAAUAUGAAUAUUCUUUUGUUUUUGUGCUAAUAUUUCUUUUGGAAGGAGGAAUGUGGGAGUGGGGGUGAAGGAAAAGGAACUGUUGUGGCAACAACUGUCUAGUAAUUACUCUAGCGUUCACGCUUGACGUUAAAAUCAUUGGUGCAUUAACGUGUCGGGUUAGAAUCCUGCUUUAUCGUGAGGCAUGUUUGGAUCCCAGGGCAUGUUGUAAGGUGAUGUGACCAGUAGGAGGCUUUCACCUGAACCUGGUCUUGGACAUUUCUGUUCCUUCAGACCUUGACAAUUAUUUCUAAAUACUUGAUUUGCACCAGACUUCAGCCACCCCGAUUAAAGAAGUGGCUUUAAUACUUUUUUUUUGAGUGACUUGAGAAUUGCUAGGUCCAUAAAACACUGGUUUGUAUAAACCUUUCAUUUAGCAAUAAUAGAAUCUAUGACCAGGCUAAAAUUUCUAUUGAUUUACUUCACAGUCCUUUAGUAAUUAAUUACAGCUAUUGUAAUCUUAAUAGUUUACACUGAUGAUAACCUGUAUGAACUCCAGUGUUGACUGUUUAAUUGAAUGGAGAGGCUGAACUGUUAGUUUUUCCAGAUCAACUUUUAAGUCAACAACUAGCUGUGUGUGUGUAAGAAGAAAAUCACAAAAUAAUGGUGAGAAAAUAUGACCUAGCAGCAAGCUAAAUGGCCAUUAAAAGCACCAUGCUUUUCUAAAACAACAACAAAAAAAAGCAACCGAUGUGAAUAUACGCUCUUGUGACUGGAAACCAGUGCAUUGCAAAGAAACUGGACCGUGCAGACCUGCGAGCCGGCGUCGUUCCUUUUGGUUCUGUUACUAGUGGAGUAGCAGGUGUGACGGUUUGCACUGAGUAGUGUUGUUACGCAAUCCACUGGAUGUGAAAAAUGCUUUUUUGGGGGGAUUGAAAGCUUGUUAGCAAAUUGAUCAAAGUUUGCCAUCGAAACAUUGUUAUGGACUCUCCACAUAGUGAACAUUCCCACUUGUUUAUUUUUGCUGUGGGCUAACAUAAAAGCAGUAUUGAGUUUAAAAUAUUCAAGCAACUAAUGAGGGAAAGCAAGAUCAUGGUGGUUGCCGAUUUUUCGAGGGUUAUUUUCUCCACGGAGAGGAGAUCUAAUGAAUGAUAAUGUUAGACCACAGGAGCAGCAGACUGAUUCUGGCCGUUACACUAAAAGGCAAUAAAAUGACAUCAGAUCGUAAAGCAGAAUUCUGAAAGAAGUUGUGGACCUCAGCUUUCCUAAGUCCCAUGUACCUGCGUGUCCUUGAAAGCCAGUUGUGGAUGAUAAGCAAAUAUGAAAAUCAGAUUCUUGUCUCUGGCACUGUUUGUGUUUAUAGCAAUAAUAUUAAUCUAACUUCUCCUCAAAACACAUUAAUUUUUGUACUAGCAAUAAAUUUCUAGUUUGUUUUCCUGUAAGUAUAAUAAUUAUAUUGUUUAAUUUAAAAUAUUUCGUGUGAAGAGUUUUAUACAGAUGGUCUUUUAGUUAAUAUAUUGAAAUGUGCUAAUUAUUUUCUCCUGGUAUUUAAACUGGAAACAAAGUACCUUAAUUUUAUUUAGGUAUUAAUGAAAUUAUGGAAGAGUUCAGAACGUGUGCGUUGGGAGGUUGUCUUGAAUACACCAAAAGCAUGCGUUUCAGAGCACUUGAUCCCUCACCAGUUUUGCUUUAUUCAGUAACUUGAAAAAUAAUCAGUUGAUUAAUGUAAAUGCCAGUAGCUUUUUUGGAGAUACGAUGUAUUUAUUGUCAGAUUCUCAAAUGAUGUCGAUGUGGGGUUAGAUUGUUUUCCCACCAGUUGUAUGGCUCGUGAUAAAACAUUGUUUUUUGUUGUAGUGUAUAUGGCAUUGAGUAUUCCUGCACAGACUCGACCAUACGUGAAAUGGCAGCAAAGUUCGGGUUGCAAAAAGCAAUAAACUGAUGAAACCACUUUCUA